ACGAACUGGCGCACGUCACAUAUUGGGUUGCCAGAUUUUGAUGAAAAGACCCUUUUCAGAGGCACCAAAUUCAUUAGCAUUCUGUGGUGCCACUGCGCACACCUAGAUCGACGCCAUUUUCUCCCGAGGGAUGACGGGAGACAUAGAUGUGUUUACACGGAUGCUGCAUUACUUCACAUUUUUUCCUCCCGAGUUUUUGGUUUCCGGAAACGUAUGAAGAAAACAUCCUUCAUGUGCCGUAAUGUCUAGAGUGGUUUCUACAAGUUCCAAAAAAGCAAUGCGUGAUCGGCAUGUUCGUUUUUGAAAGAUUACCAGAGAAAAGUAGCACAAAUUACGUCGUGUCUAUGCGAGGGCGGGUCUAUAAUGUCCCACUUUGGCUUUACUUCCGCUUUAUGAUGCGACGUCACGGUCUAAAAAUAGCCUGCGUGCGGUACGCCAUUUACCGAGAGACUAUCGGUAAAAAUGUCAGCUGUGUGGGAUCAUUUCACCUUAAAGGACGACAAAGACGAAGAGGCAGAGUGCACCAUAUGCCACAACAAAGUCAAGCGUGGUGGUAAAGCUGUAAGAAGUUUUAAUACAACCAACCUAAUCAAGCAUUUAGGGAAAUACCACCACAAACAAUAUAAGGAGUAUGUUAAGAAAACCGAAGACAAAAAGAAAGGUCCUACGCAACUAACACUGGCAGAAACUUUUGCUAUGCGUGACAGACUGGCACUCGACAGUCCCAAAGCCCAGGGAAUAACAAGAGUCAUUGCCGAAGAAUUCAUUCUGGAUGAGGAGCCAUUAUCUCUUGUUGAGGCUGACACUGACAGGUGCCUACUUCUGGAGUUGCCAGACGUUUUGACAACCAUCAUACUGGAAGAAGUUGUCCUCCAGGAAGGUGACCGUGCUAUAGGCACAUUGGCUCUCGUGUGCUCCACAUUCAGAGACCUUGUGUCUACUGAGUACUUCAGAAGACGGGCACAUUUUAAAUGGCUUAACAGUGUCUGGACAUGGAGCAAGGUCUCUGCAGAUUUCCGGAGAGAAUAUUACAACAUGUACACCGUUGAGAUCUGCCAUGAGUGUGGGGAGCAGUUCAAACAAUUCCCACGAGGAUUCGUUGGAACAGGGAAAAGGGGUGAAAUAACGGCGUUUUACUCCGAUGAAGAGUUGCCUCCAGGAUACUGCAGUCGUUCCUGCUGUCCAAUACAUUAAAAUUCCAUGGUUUUGUUUAGGGUUAGUUAAUAUGGUCUGGUCACAAUAUAAUGACAUUUAAUGACAAUUUUUGUUGCUGUUCUUGUAGAAUUGGUGCGUGUAUAUAUUGAGAAUUAUUAUUAAUGAGCCAACACUUUUGGUCUAAUUCAGGGGUGUCCAAACUUUUUGCAAAGGGGGCCAGAUUUGGUGCAGUAAAAAUGUGGGGGGCCGACCUUGGCUGACGUCCUUUACGUAGAACAAUAAAUUUAAGCAAAUUUUAGCAAGCCAUUCAGUGUGUCACAUUUGCAUUAUUAUUAUUUUUUUUAAUUGAAUAAUUUCAACAAUCUUACAACUAGCCUUUGUGGCGUUCUCUUUCGACUCUCGGGCUCUUGCGAAAUACUGCUGCUGUGAAAUUAAACUAGCUUCAAGUUGCUUCAAUUUCUCGCUGUGAAUCUUCCCUGUAAUCUUGCCGUACAUGUCAGCGUGUCUUGUUUGGUAAUAUCGGCUAACAUUGAAAUCUUUAAAAACAGUGACUGUCUCUUUGCAAAUGAGGCAGACACAGUUGUUGCGUAUUUUAGUGAAGGAAUAGUCCAAUUUCCACCUAUCCUUGAAGCGUAGGCCAUCACAGUCAACUUUCUGUUUUUUUUGUUGAUUGUCGCCAUUUUAGAAAAUGGAAGUGAUGGGUCAGACAGGGUAAUGUUGCUUAGCCCUUCAAUACCUUCAACAUGAAGUAAUUACCAGAGAAUCCCAAAAUUUGAAAAAUAAGGUCCUAAUGAAACCAUUUUUUCAAAUUUGUAAAAAGAAAAGUCAAAAUGAAUAUGUGUAAUAAGUGCUCUAAUAUCUAUAACUCAUGCUAAAACAUGUUUUUUCUCAUAGAACCUGCAAAUGCAUGUGUUGACUUGGAUCCAUCAUUUAUUUAUUUAUUUUCAAAAAGAAAUGUCAAAAUUCUAAAUUAGUCUCAAAAUCAUUAAAUUUUAGGUGUAUCAAAUGUGAUACAUUUGGCAAUAAAGGGUUAAAGUGCUGCUGCCUUUUUGUGUGUAAGCUACUUCAUAUGCUGCUUGCAGUACUGCUGACCAAUUUAUUAAGUCUGUGUGCGGGCCAGACGUCAUUGAUUUUAUGACAGAGGCUGGGGGCCGGAUGAAAUUUGACCACGGGCCGCAUUUGGCCCCCGGGCCGGACUGGUCUAACUGGUUGUCUAUUGGUUUAGUUGUUUUUGUUUUCUUUCCUGUCUCUUCAUUGUGUGGACUUAAAGUCGAAGAACAGGAGUAUCCCACGAAAUAAGACUGCUGGACGAUGAGACCAGUGGUCGAAUAAGGGCCCAAAUACACCAGAUGCGUGAUCGUUCCGGUUCCGGUUGACUGCGUGCCACGCAGUACGUCGAAAACAGGCAAAUCAUACCGGCUGCGCACGGCUGCGGUCCACCAACUCCGUUCCCUCGUGAGCGCUCGCGUGAUCGUGCGCUAUGAUGUGCCAUUUAAAACAACGGAGAACACACGGAGUCUAUACUCAUCAGAGAAGCAGAGAGAGAGAGCACAUUUUUUCUUUGCAUAUUGAUAUUUUAGUUAUGUCUGUCUCUUAAUUCCAGAUUGACUGCAUCAUGUUGAGAUCAGGGCUCCGUGUGUGUGUGGGGUAGGGGGGCGGGGUCCUUGGUUGUGUCGGUGGGUUCAUAUCUUUGUGCACAUUUAAAAUUUAUGGCACAUAACAUCUCAUAGAGUUGUUAUAAACAACUGUUAAAUAAUCUAAUAUCUAUAAAAUGGAUAGCGAAUUAUAUACUACACGAACUGAAAAACAGCGUACUUGGAAUUGGGGUUUCAACACUGCAGAUUCCUGUGCCCAGCGCAAACUGUUGUUCGUUCAAUGAAAAGUCAAGUAAAAUGUAGGAAAGAAAGAGAAACGUCUUGAAUAGACCACCAGGUCGAAAUUUGUGGGUGUCUCUUUAUUCUCUUUCGUACUUUUCCCCCUCGACUCUGAAUACAAACCGUUGUGUGUGCGCCAGGCAUGAGAAUUUCUGUAGUGGAACCACUUCCAGAUACGCUGCUUUUUUUUUUUUUUUUCGCUCAAAGUUGCCAGCACGUCAGGUGUUUGAUAUCAUUGCCAGAAAAACACACAUAAUAGGACACCUUGCAGCAUCGCUUUUAAUGCUGUCCUUAUAAUAACGAUGUGCUGCAUUGUACUGUAUAUCACUUUGUGACUUUCCACCUCCAUGAUGAAACGUUCUUCGUCCAUGUUCGCUGGUGUUUGAACUGUGAAUAAGCAACUGGGCUGUUACAGCCAGGCCCAGCUCCACCCAUUUUGUCGGAUGCGUGUCCGGCAAAAAUAGAAAAUAGCCUAUACAAGCCGGAGAUGGUCCGCAGUCAAUCCGGAGCACUGAUGCGGCCGGUAUACACUGAACAAUAAGAUAUAAUGGGAACGGAUUAGCUCCGGCGCUAUUUUUUACUGGAGUCGGACCGGAACCGCAACGAUCAUGCAUCUGGUGUAUUUGGGCCCUAAGUUUUUCAUCUUUCCACUCACUUUCGAGCGCAAAUAAAUACUCUGAGUUAUACUGUAUUUCUGUUUCUUUGUGCAUGCUUGAAAUAAAAAAGCAUCAUCAUACAUUAAAACUUUCAGUUUGAGAAAUUGUUUACUUCAAUUGACAGCAUAAUAAAUUGGAUGCUGUAUUAUGAGUGUUAUUUUUUUUUCAAAAUUUAAUA